AUGUCUAACAAGAAACGGAAUCGUUUAAAUACUGAAGAUGAAGAAUUCGAGCCAGGAAGUUGGGAAUGUACAGUGUGUACCUACCGAAAUAGACAUGAAGCUUUCAAAUGCGAAAUGUGUGAUACAAGGAAAGGGACAUCAACAAGAAAGCCACGUUUAAAUCAAAAUGUUGUGCAGCAUCAUACAGUUGUGCAAAAUUUUGUCGUUCAGCAAAGUCUUGCCGAAAAACCAAAAAGACGGGUGGGAAGGCCAACAGCAGAUUCGCCAAGUACUUCCCGUCAUUCUCCAGAAAGCACUUCAUCUGGAUCGGGUGUUACAAAAUCUACUAUUACUUCUAGAGUGAACAGCAAACGGGUGGUGUCAUUGCGCGAUUCUUUGAUUAUCAGAUCUUCAGCUAAAAAGCAUAUUGUAACUGUAAAGGGUAUUCCUGCCUGUAUAAUUGAAUAUAAAAGGCGUGAAGAUGAUAAAAAAUUAAGAUAG